UUGAGAAGUCGAAAGGUUUACCCAGGAGACGGAAAAGCCGGAAAAAGAUACGAGAAAUGCCUGCAAAGAAAAAACUUGAAGGCAAAGCUAAAGCCGGGAGUAUACCGGGGGAUACAGGAUCUGUGGCAACCGCGACUAUGGUUCGGCGCCAAAUGCCGCCGCGCGCCUGCAAGAGCAAGAGCCAGAGCGCCGCCAGGCCCAGUCUUAGUCCCAGCCGCCUGGCCAAGAAGCCCAGCCUGACGCCGACCACCGGUUCUCAGGCGCCAUCGCAGUCCAUCGCAAAGUCGAGGCCCACCGGUCUCGAGACGAUUUUUGAACGGCCCGGCAAUGAGGACGACGGGCCCACCAGCAGCCAUGCCGUGGCAUUCGGCGAGUGCCAGCGCCGCGUCCUCGCCCUGGGUACGGGCGAAAAAAAAAGAACCCUGUCGCAGAAGAGCUGCCUGAAGGUGCGCAACACCUUGGGCGAACGCAGCACCCGGCACAUGAUGACACUGCGGGCGUCCCGCACUACUUUGGACAGCGUAAUGCUCGGGGGCUCGGACGAUGAAGGCGAGUCGGUCGGAGUCGCUCCCGCAGUCGCUCCCGUAGCUGCUCCCGAAGUCGUUCCCGCUGGAGGAAAUGCCGGUACAAAUCAGCCGGCACCAUUCGUGCUGCGCACCAGCAGGAGGCUCAAGAGUCUGCCUCCGUUUUAGAUUGUUGCACCUUCCACCCUCCAAAUGAAAGAAAAAGAAUAAAGAAAAGAAAAGCAAAGAAAAGAAAAACCCUCUACAGAAUGUCUCUUUUGCAUUCAUUGUAAAUUGAAGCGCCUCUUUCGGCGGAACCUACCCCAAGAGCGGAAAGCGGAGAUCAAUUAGAAUUGUGAACCCCAAAGCGAGCGAUUGAUACGAUACACUCACGAGUACUCAUGCCCAAGCCCGAUUACUCUGUCCAGCAUCCACAUCGGGGAAUCAACAUAAAUGGGUGGCUCCGCGGACGGUGUUCCAGCAGUCGCGCUUGGGCGGUCCGAGUGAGCAGUAACGGAUCUUCUGCAGAAAUCAGUGCAUAGAUACAGUAUCUGAAGGAUCAAAGUGUUGAAAAUCAAUUAAAAGGUGAUCAUCCAUCCCACGACAAGGAGAGGGGGCAGGGGGCGAAUGGCGCCACACAGAUUUCUGUACGGGCCUCUGAAAGGGAAUCGAAUCGAAUCGCUCCAAAUUGGCGUUGGAAUGUCCAAUAAUAAACGGUAGAUUCUAUUACUCGUUAACCCCGCGGGUCAAUGAGAGAGAA